AUCUAAUGCGCAUGUUCAGUGCUCCGCCUUGUUCCACCGGGAUAAUCGUCUUCCUCGCUGAGAAACUUGGCCCGUCCAUGAAUUAUAUCUGAUCUUAUUUGUUUUUUGGUCCUCGGUAUGGACUCUCAAAAAGAGGCCCUACAAAGGAUUAUUACCACGUUAGCGAACAAGAAUGAGGAGCUGCACAAUUUCAUUGAAACACUUAGUCACUCCUUGGCAGGGGUGCAGGUGAACUCCACACAAGUAGUCUCUGACCUGGAGGAGGAGUUUGACACGUUAUUCUCCAUCCUGGACGAGAUGAAGGAGAGCAUGACCAACACCAUCAAGCAGGAACAAGUCAGGAAGUCACAUGAGCUCCAGAACCAGUUAACGCAAAGCACCAAUGCCUUGGAGAGUGCCGAGGAGCUUCUCGAGUUUGCAAACAAUGCUCUCGACAUCAAAGACGAUGAUGAGUUUGCAAAGGCUGCCAAACAGAUCAAAGAUAGGGUAACGAUGGCUCCGGCCUUCCGCUUGACCAUGAAGCCCAAAGCCACAGAUAGCAUGACGCAUCUCAUGGUGGACUUCUCCCAGGAGCGACAGCUGCUCCAGAACCUCAUCUUCCUCCCUGUUCCUCGAGCGCCCGAGAUUGACGCGCAGGACUGUCUGGUGGUGGACAACACGGUGACCGUGGUCUGGAGGAUGCCAGCGGAGGACAACAAGAUCGACCACUACAUCCUGGAGUACAGGAAGACCAACCACGAGGGCCUGCCCCGCGUCAAGGACGAGCGCGCCUGGGAGGUGGUGGACAACAUCAAGACCACAGAAUACACACUUACAGGCUUGAGAUUUGACUCCAAAUACAUGAACGUCCGGGUACGAGCGUGUAACAAGGCUGCCGCAGGGGACUACUCAGAUCCAGUCACACUGGAAACCAGAGCAUUCAUCUUCAGCUUCGAAUCGGCAUCGUCACACCUGAACCUGAAGGUGGAGGACGGCAGCGUGGAGUGGGACCCUCAGGGGGGCAAGGGCCUCGAGAGUAAAAUCAAGGGCAAGGAGAACAAGGGCAGCGCACACCUUGCCAAUCUGAAGAACAUGUCAAGAAGUGGAACGCCGUCUCCCAAGAGAGCGUCGACUGUGCGGUCGCCGGCGGUAAGAGGAGGCAGGGAUCGCUUUACAGGAGAAUCCUACACAGUGCUGGGUGACAUGAGUAUGGACUGCGGUCAGCACUACUGGGAGGUGAGGGCCUUGAAGGACUGCAAGUCCUACAGCAUUGGGGUGGCCUUCAAGAACCUGGGCAAGUUCGACCAGCUGGGCAAAACCAACACGUCCUGGUGCAUCCACGUCAACAACUGGCUGCAGACCUCUUUCGCCGCCAAGCACAACAACAAGGCAAAGAGUCUGGAUGUGACCAUGCCCGAGCAGAUAGGAGUGUACUGUGACCUGGACGGAGGUCAGCUCUCCUUCUACAAUGCAGAAAGCAAACAGUUACUCCACACAUUCAAGACAAAAUUCGGCCAGCCUGUAGUACCAGCUUUCAUGGUGUGGUGUGGUGGGUUGACCCUGGCCACAGGACUUCAGGUCCCCAGUGCAGUAAGGAGUUUUCAGAAGACGGAGAACGGCAUUGGCGGCUCCAGUAGUAGUCUCAACAGCAUGGCACAGUAGCCUAUGCUUAUCCAAGAACUCACCUCCUCCCCCUUCCUGAUUCCUGUGCAAGCCACUCCCCAUAUCCCGUGCAUUUCCUGAAGAGAGACACAUCCAUGAACUUAGACCCUGUGAAGCAUUAUGGGAAACUGAGUCUUUUUGUGGCACUCAAGCAGCUCGACCUCGCCUUCACUCUGACUUGACUGGAGAUUCUUCCCUUCGGUUUGAGAGAGGUUUCUCUCAACCUCGAUAUCUGAGAGACUUCUCUGGCUCUCUUUCUUUUGGGGACAUUUGCAUCAGGAAUGCUAGCUGCUUAAUCAGGGAAUAGAUGAGUGCACUUUUUCUUCCUUUACUUUGUUCUAGGUUGAAUGCUGUUUUUUUUAGAUUUUAUUUCUGAAGUGAGUGUGUUCAGGCAUGAUAACAGUGUCCUUUACCUGCUGAUACCUGUUUUAUUCUACUAAUAUACUUCAAGAUAUCAGUGUAUUGUUUGUGUGUGUGCGUGUAUGUGUGAUUAUGUGUGUAUGUAUGUGUAGAGAUGACUGGGAAUAUGGCUGGCCGUAACCAUCUAUUUAAUUCGAGGCAUUUUUCCUUGAAUCUUCAUUGCCAUUUCUCAACUGAAUAGAGUAACCUUGUCUUCUUCAAACAAACAAAUGUUUACGCUAUGUACAGAAUCUGAUGUGGAGAGACUUAACUGCAGAAGACUUUUUGCACAGUGUAUAAUAUGUAGCGCUGCUUUUUACAACCCUUCUGUUAUUGCUGAUCCAUUUCUGUCACAGUUCUACCCUCAACCUACCCCAGGACUGGAUAUGCACCUACGAACCUGGACUUCAACUUGUUUUGUAUGCACUGUUAUCAGAGAAGUUGUGCUCUUUUGUCAUGUUCACCCUACAUACAAUGUAGUCCUGCUCCCUGGAAAAUAUAUAUAUUAAUGAUUUCUGGAAGUGUUCGUCCUGCCAUGAAAUAAAUUAUUAAAUCAA